ACUGUCACUUCUGUCUGUCACAUAUCACAGCAACAUUUCAUCCAAAAUUCCAAAAUAAUGUAAACAAACACACAAAAAUCAAUAGUUUUCUUUAUCUCAGUUUUAAAAAACUGCACAAUAAAAUAAAAAUGAUAAAAAACAGUGCCAGUGUAAGCACACACCGGCCUUUAUCAGGACAGUUGUAUAAAUAUACAAACGUGGUGAAAGGAUGGCAGCAGCGGUGGUUCGCAGUGGACCCUGAGACGGGGGUGCUGUCGUACUACCUGGUGGACGGGCCCGGCGACUCCGUGGCGCCGGGGCAGCCCGCGCGCGGCGAGGUGGGCCUCGCGGCGGCGGUGAUCUGCCCCAGCGACGAGGACUCGCGCACGUUCAGCGUGAACUGCGCGUCGGGCGACCUGCUGAAGCUGCGCGCCGCCGACGCGCGCGCGCGCCAGGAGUGGGUGGACUCCCUGCGUGCUGUCGCAGAGAUACACACCAAGGCGCUGGGCGGCGUGCGGCCGCGCGACCAGCUCGCCGUGCUCGACGCCAUGAGCCGCGCGCGCCACCAGCUGCAGCAGACUGAGCUCAGCGACGCGGCGCUGGCGCGCUGCGUGGAGGCGGCCGAGGCGCCCUUCAGCCACACCGACACCGACUUGCUGCUGCUCAAGGCGACGUCGGCGGCGACCAUGCAGGUGCUGCUGCAGUGUCUGGGCGUGCUGCACCGCCAGCAGCACGCCGCGCAGCGCGCCGCCCCCGCCCCCGACCAGCAGUAGUGCCCCCCCCCCCCAGAUCACACACAUUCCUGAUGGUAGCCACUUUCAUACAGCGCUAUGUGUCCCAAUCUUAAUAGGCAUGUUUUAAACACAUCGACGCCCAGAACGUUAUAGAAAAAGAUGAGGACUGUCUUGUUUAUUUUUCCAAUUCUGGAUAAUACCUAUGUAGUAAAGUGAGUUACGUACCACAUAAGGCGCAUAAAAUAAAAAUAUAUUUUGAAUUCGUA